UCUAGACCGUACUACUUACCACUCGUGUACGUGUUGCUCCGUGCCGCAGCCCCACUGGACCACACAGCCGAGUAACCACAACCGCAAACCGCCCCCCAGCACCUGGCCGAGAGCCGGGGCCUCCUUGUCUCACCUCGCCGCCGGCCGGCCGGCUCUGGCCGGCUUUGGAGAGAAGCGAGCCUCUUAUCCUAUCCCUUCUCGGCGGCGGGUUGCUCGGCCGGCGAGCUCAAGCUCCAAUGUCAGUCAGUACGGCUGCGUGCCAUCACCACGUAUCUCUCAUUUGAAGAAAUCUGUGCUUCAAGUUCAGUAGAGGAGAAUGAGGCUGGUGUGUGUAAAUGGCCUGAGAUUCAGGCACCUCAGGCUUGCGUUCCUCGCCAUCUUUGCGGCGUUUCUUCUUUGGAAAUGGGAGAAGGGAUCACUGUACAGUCCUGGUAUCCUCCGACCGGAGCCAUUGGUCUUGAAUCGGAAUACCUCCAUGGAGGAAGAUCCCCCCAUCAUCGAUCCAUUGGUGCAGUCGGUCACUGAAGUAGGAAAGGAAGGCAUUUCUGCGCCUCCACCUCUGACCAUAGUUCAUAACUCUGAAGAUGUCGCUGAUAACGCGGGAACAGCACCUCCUCAGAAGAAAGAAUGUGACUACAGGAAUGGAGAAUGGGUUCCUGAUAACCGCAGGCCACUGUAUUCUGGCCCCAGAUGUAAAAGAUGGCUCUCUGAGAGCUGGAACUGCAGAUUGACACAACGCACAGAUUUCGCUUACGAGAAAUUUAGAUGGCAGCCUGAAGGCUGCAAUAUGCCACUGUUUCAAGCUGCCCAAUUCUUGACAAGAAUGCAGGAUAAAACCAUUGCUUAUGUAGGCGACUCUUUAGGGAGGCAGAUGUUCCAGUCGAUGAUAUGCAUGCUUGCAGCAUCUGGGAAACAUCAUUCAGAUGUGGAGGAUGUUGGCUCCAAGUACGGAAUGGCCCAGACACAUCGUGCAAAACGACCAACACGGUCAGUAGGCUCGGCCUACCGGUUCCGGAGCACAAACACGACCGUCCUGUAUUACUGGUCAUCAACACUCUGUGAUCUGGAGCCUCUCAGGCGAUCAAAUCCAGCUGCCGGUUACGCCAUGCACCUUGAUCGCCCACCUUCGUUUCUCAAGAAGAACCUUCACAGGCUCCACGUCCUGGUUCUGAACACCGGGCAUCACUGGAACAGGGGUAAGCUGAAGGCGAACAAGUGGGAAAUGUACGCCUCGGGAGCACCGAAUAACAAUCGAGAGAUCGCCAGCAUGUGGAAGGCGAAGAACUUCACUAUACAUGGUGUUAUUAAGUGGCUAGAUGCCCAGCUUCCUAGAUAUCCCCACCUGAAGGUGUUCUACAGGUCACUGUCACCAAGGCAUUUCUUCAAUGGGGAGUGGAACACCGGAGGCACUUGCAACAACAAGGAUCCUUUGGCCAAGGGUAACAGGGUAUUUCAGAAUCAUUCUGAAGAUGCCGACGGCGAGGGAGCGGUCAAGGGCACUAGGAUCAAGCUCUUGGAUAUCACCGCGCUUUCACGGCUACGGGACGAAGGGCACAUAUCAAAGUACAGUAUCAGAGCUACACCAGGGGUCCAAGAUUGCCUGCACUGGUGCCUUCCAGGUGUUCCAGACACAUGGAAUGAAAUACUGGCCGCUCAACUGUAGGCACUUGGCUGCUGUCAGGGCAGGCUCAGAGGUUUAUAUUCAUCUUAACCCGUCUUUAGAAGCUUUGCUCAUCGUAAGUUAUGAUAAGCUAGCGAAGGGCGUCUUUCCAUCAUGAAAGUUAUGAUAAGCUAGCGAAGGGCGUCUUUCCAUCAUGAACGGAGUACAGUUCAUGAACGUUACUUUUCACCAUGUAACUCUGUAACACUUGUUAUGCCGGUAUACAGUUCAAAAACAUUCUUUUCAA